CUUAAACUCCGCCCGAUAUGGGCUGAAAAUGCUUUUUAAGCAUGUGAAUGGGCUUGUCACAAAGCCUGAACAUGUAUGCGAAUAACGACGACGAUCGCAGAAGCCGGGGGGUGGCGAAGUGCAACAAUCGGAAGGAAGGUGUGGCGUGCAAAGAACAGCCAAAGUGCAUGCGGCAACGACACGUCAAACCCCCCAUUAAAUGGGUCCCACUUUUUCUCUUUCUCUUUCUCUUUCUCGUCCUUUCCCUCUCUUCGUUUCGUCAGUUGCAACCGCCACAGCACGAAUCCCAUGCGGCCGGUUACACGUAGACCACAUUUGGAUUGGAAUUCCUCCGCCAAAACGAACUCGAUAGUCCCGUGAUCGGAUCCUCGAUCAACGGCCACGACACGUCGAGCGGGAAUGAGGGUGUAAAGCUUUAGCCGAAAACAAGAAAAAGUUGACGGGCAGUUUUCCUUUGCUUUCUCUCUGCCUCUCUCUCUCUCUCUGCUAUAUAUGCUCUCCGAGUCCGAAUUGUUAGUCAUUUACUUCACCUUUUUCUUUCCGCCAUUAGAGGUUGCUUCGUAGUCCAGGAAACUUCCCGCAUUGCUGUUCAUCGUCUUCUUCCUCAAUCGGUGAGUGAGCUCCUCCUCUGCAUGCGUUUCUAAUUAUGUAAUCGAUGAUUGCUUGCUUGCUUAAGAUUGUUCCAUUGAUUCAUCUCAAUAUUUAGGUCGCCCUUGACCUUGAGGAUCAUUUUAGUCUUUGUUGUACUGUUUUCUUUUGGCAUUAUAGCUGUUUUGAUCUCGCAGCAGUCACAUAUACCUAGUAGUUCAUUACUGUGAGUGAUUUUCCUUUCUAUUCCGGCGAACUUUUCGCCGGUUCCUGGUCGAGAAGGACAAUGGUGGAAACAAGUUGAACAGUAAGAAAGAAUUGAAAGUGGCAAAAAAAAAAAAAAAAAGAGAAUGAACGAAUUAACCACUGCGGAACCAAUUAAUUAAAGUGCAGCUUUCCACAUCCAUUUGAUGCGAUGGGGCUAAAGCUUACUCUGGUGGUGGUGCUUUUCAAUUCGACGACAAAAAUCCGAUUCGGAUAGGUUUCUGGGUGUUACUUUUGUUUACUGGCCUACUGAGCUUCCACCAGCUCUGCUGUUUUGAGUGGAAACAACACUGGUUACUGAUUAGGAAUUCAUUCACAAAGUAAAGUAAUUCCACCAGCUUUGGCUUUUUGAUGCUUUUUUACGUUAUGUAGAAAAGUUAUGGAGGUUUACGGCUUUUGCUGAAUCAGUUCCUUUUAUCUUGUUAUCUAAGGAUGUAGUCGUCACUCGUAAACCCACCCUGCAUAAUAUUCUACUUCCGGGGGAGGGGGGAAAAUGUUAUAUAGGGGUGUUAGUAAUUAGUUGACCUUCCUAUUACCAUUGCUGACCAUUGAUCCUCUCUCCCUAAUACUCAUCAACAGGUUGUUUCGAUCUUUGGGUAGUGAUGGGAACGAGCGGUUGUAAAGCGAUGGAGUUAUUGCCUCUGCUGCUCUGCUCCGUCGUCCUGUUUUCUUCGGUGGUGUCAUGCGAGGAAAAGCUGGUCAGAAUUGGGCUGAAGAAGCUCAAAUUUGACCAGAACAACCGGGUAGCUGCUAGGAUGGAGUCCGGUCAUGUUCGUGAGGGGAUGCGAGCUGCGCUCAAUAGGAAGUAUGGCGGCCUACUGGGUGAUUCACGAGACACCGACAUUGUGGCGCUGAAGAACUACUUGGAUGCUCAGUAUUAUGGUGAGAUUGGUGUAGGCACUCCUCCCCAGAAGUUCACUGUUAUAUUUGAUACUGGUAGCUCAAACUUGUGGGUGCCUUCGGCUAAAUGCUAUUUCUCUGUCUCGUGUUUUCUCCAUGCCAAGUACAAGUCUAGCCAGUCUAGUACCUACCAGAAAAAUGGCAAGAGUGCUGAGAUUCAGUAUGGUACUGGUGCUAUUGCCGGGUUUUUUAGUGUUGACCACGUCAAAGUUGGUAAACUGGUAGUCAAAGAUCAGGACUUCAUUGAGGCAACGAGGGAGCCUGGUGUUACCUUCUUGAUGGCGAAGUUUGAUGGUAUCUUGGGGCUUGGAUUUCGUGAGAUCUCAGUGGGAGAUGCUGUUCCCGUCUGGGACAACAUGAUGAAACAAGGCCUUAUCAAGGAGCCUGUAUUUUCAUUCUGGCUAAACCGCCAUGCGGACGAAGAGGAAGGUGGUGAGAUUGUGUUUGGCGGUGUUGAUCCAAAUCAUUUCAGAGGAAAGCACACUUAUGUUCCCGUGACCCAGAAAGGUUAUUGGCAGUUUGACAUGGGAGAUGUUAUCAUUGGCGGCAAAUCAACUGGUUAUUGCGGACGUGGCUGUUCAGCAAUAGCAGAUUCAGGAACUUCCCUGCUGGCUGGUCCAACGACUGUGGUUGCCAUGAUAAACAAAGCAAUUGGAGCUUCUGGAGUUGUUAGCCAGCAAUGCAAGACUGUCGUUUCACAAUAUGGACAAACCAUCCUUGAUUUGCUAAUGGCUGAGGCUGGACCAAAGAAGAUCUGCUCUCAAAUUGGGCUCUGCACAUUCGAUGGAAUCAAAAGUGUUAGCAUGGGCAUCGAGAGUGUUGUGAAUGAAGGCGAUGAGAGGUCAUCUGGAGCUGUCAAUGAUGCCAUGUGCUCCGCAUGUGAAAUGGCAGUUGUUUGGAUGCAGAACCAGGUGAUGCAGAAUCAGACACAAGAACGCAUUCUGCAAUACGUUGAUGAGCUCUGUGAUCGAAUGCCGAAUCCUAUGGGAGAAUCUGCCGUCGAAUGUGGAAGCGUUUCUUCCAUGCCAACUGUUUCCUUCACCAUCGGAGGCAAAGUUUUCGACCUCCGACCAGAAGAGUACAUUCUGAAGGUGGGCGAGGGCACAGCUGCUCAGUGCAUCAGUGGGUUUACUGCGUUGGACAUUCCUCCUCCGAGAGGCCCUCUCUGGAUACUGGGAGAUGUUUUCAUGGGACGCUACCACACGGUGUUUGACUACGGGAACAUGCAAGUCGGAUUUGCGGAAGCGGCUUAGCAGCAUAACUGCUAGUCCGCGCUUAUGUAGUAGUAUUGAAAGUUGGUGUUGGCUUGUUGGACUGUGUAAUAAAGUUGAAGGGUUUCAAUCCACCCGUGUAAAGAAACCACUUAAUCAGCUGAGAGUUUGAGUAUGUGCAAUGUAAAUAGUGUCAUAAGUAAGCGUGUGUAUAGUUGGAGAGACAGAGAGUGCUUGGUCCCCCCUUCUCGUUUCUCUUUCGGCUUUCACUUUAAUUUUCGGUCACUUAUCAUGUUCAAAGAUGUCUGUUGCUUCUUACUUCUGAGGGUGCAAACUGCAAACUAAUCAGUCAGCUUGAGGCCCUCUUUUCGUACUUCAUCAUAUGUUUGUUCAAUGCACCUGUUACGGGACAAUCGAAGUACUACAUCGGAAAUACAAGGGAAGGAAUUCUUGUAUAUUAGUGUCCACCAAGCUCAUUAGUAAGAGACAUUUUGGGGAGGACGCUCAAGAGUAAAAUCGUGCGAGUUUGGCCCAAAGCGGACAAUAUCAUACUAAUUGAGCGGUCCGAUUUGUGACAAGUGGUAUCAGACAGCGGCGGAUCCAGAACACAGAAGAGCACUGGGCCGAGUUUCAUUAGAAAAUUGAAUAGUAAAAAAACAUAAUGAUUAUAGUUUUUUUCCAAUGUAAAUUGUACACGACGGUAUUUUAAUUUAGUGAUGCAUCAAUAAUUGAGCCUACAUCAAUACCAAUAGUAUACACUGUUACAAAUAAAUUACUUGAGCAAUCGGCAAGAAAUUCAUCGCUCAUUUUGUUUUGCAAAUCAGUUCUCACAUAUUUCAUUGUUGAAAAGGUUCUCUUCGUAGUAGCUGUUGAAACGAGCCGCAUUAACACUAGACAAAUCAAUCGGCAUUUUGUGUCAAUCCCUGCAUCCACCAACUGCUCUAGUAAGUUUUCAAGGGAACAAACCUCAUAUUUCUUUUAGUCUUUUACGUUUUAAACUUUUAGAAUUUUAGGUUUCAUUGUUUUUGUUAUAUGCAUAAUCUUUGGGGCUAAAAUUUAAAGGCUAAAUUUAGAGUACUGAUUUGAAUAUGGUCAUCUGAAUCAUUUUUCUAGUUAUACCCAAUUUUAUUAUAAAAUCACACUAAGCCGAAUGCCUAAAAUCGAAAAAUUCAUAAGGACUAUACUAACUACGGAUCCAGAGGAGGGCUGGGCCGGGGCCCGGGGUGGCCACCCCCUGCAUCCGCCACUGGUAUCAGAGUCUGGUUCAGUCUAGGUUGGUGGACGUAAGUUUGGUGGGACCCUCAUUCGGUGACCUCGAGAUUUGAGAUCUACAUUUGUGUGGCGGAUCAAAGGUGACUCGCGUCCGCGUCUGUUUUGUGGAUUCAGGAGAGAUCCGCGUUUGGGCUUGGCUGAUCAAAGAGAGUUCCGCAUUUGGGAAGUAGAUCAAAGUGAGUUCCGCGUCUGGUAAAGUCCUUGUACAGAGAAGCCCAUCGAUUUGGUGGAUUCAGGAGAGAUCCACGUUUGGGCUUGGCUGAUCAAAUAGAGUUCCGCAUUUGGGAAGUAGAUCAAAGUGAGUUCUGCGUCUGGUAAAGUCCUUGUACCGAGAAGCCCAUCGAUACAAGGCGCCUGGCGGAUCAAGAUAAUCGUUGAGGUGAGGAUAUUUAUUAAUAUAAUCCUAACCCAUCAAAGGAAAAAACCCAAUGAGCAAAAUCAGCGUGUGAAGUGUUAAAUUUGAAGGAAAUCAAGCUUCUUUAAGCAAACAAACGAUCAAGAACCCUUCUUCAAAGCUAUUACUGACUAUAAGUAACUAAAUCUCCACCUUUAGAUCUAAGUGGACCCAUAAAAUUCAGAUUUAGAGGUUGUGAAUUAAAUACAUUUUAUUUU